AUGUACACCAGCAGCUUGUUCUGGGACUUUUUCGUGAGCACGGCCACCUCGCCGAUCUUGAGCGUGUUGCGACUGCCGACGGCCGACUCGAUGUUGGAGCCCUUUGCGUUGGCAAACUCCUCGAGCGACGUGGUGAGCACGUUGACGAUUCUGUUCAUCCGGCUCACCUGGCCGAUGUUGCUGCUCAACAGCUUGGACGCAAGAACAACGGCCGUGCACGCGAGCUCAAUAUUGGAGUCUCUGCUGAACGCAGGCACAAUGGCCGUGGUGAUCUGUGCCGACUGCUGGCCCAACAGCGAAACCUCAGGGUACACCGGGUCGGUCAUGUUUCCGUACAUGUCGAUGAUAUCGCCGAUCAGCUUGAGCGACGAAACACGCAGCUUGAUCAAACUCGACGUGGAGCAUACGAACGCGAUCUCAACCAGCUCAGAAACCUUGGUGGAGACCUUGAACCGCCAGUUGGUUGGCUCGUUGUCCAGCACCAUAGUCUGCACCGUCACGGUUUCUGAGUACGCUGGCUUGGCCGGGUCCUGUUUGGCCGAGUCGAGCGUGCUCUCGUGCUUCACAGGCGACUCGUCGUCGGCAUCAGCAAACUUCUCACCCUCGUCUUCCAUCUCAAAGUCCGACUGCUCGGACUUGGCUGCCGGCGCAGGCGUUGGAGUGUUGGAUUUCGACUUAGCAAGAGCCGGUUUCCGGAACCGCAGCGGGUUGAAGAACAUCCCGUUGUUAGCAAUGCGUUUUCUGUACUUGGAGAGCAGUGGCUCGUUCUCAAACAGCUCCUUCGCAGUAGUGCUAUCGGAGUACUCCAGAGCUAUCCAGAGUAGCUGCUCCAUUUCGGUGUCCAUCUUGCAACCAAGCUUGAGCAUCUGGUUGUACGACUCCAGAGCCAACUGCCAGUUCACAUUGCUGCUGGUGACCGGUAGGGGCCCGAUCAGUUCUACCUGGCUCUGGCUGGCAAUGACACUGGACAGGGCGUCCAGCGACGAGGCGUGGACCAGCGGGUGCGGAUCCACAACCAGCGUGGUGAGAACAGUGAAGAUGUUGGAGAUGUUCAUGAGAGCAGAGUACUCGGCGAUCUUAGAAAGAAGCAGGAUAUUGAACGAUCUGGCUUCUGGGUCGGUGUUCUCGACAAUAGACUUGAUGGUAAUGGCGAUCUGGUCUGUGAGCAGUGACUCCUUCGACUCCGACAGCGAGCAGACAAACCCAAUUGCGCCCGAGUUCAAAGCUGCCAGUUUGGACAGAGCACUGUGCAGAGCAACACCGGCAUUGAGUGCGGUUAGAAUUUUUCCGGAGCCAGAUUUGGGGAACACGGCUUCCUGUAACGUCUCCAGAACGGAGAUCUGGAUCUUUGGUGACAGAUACCCGAAGGAAACAGCAAAGAUUUCAAUGGACAGGUCGGUGAUCAUCACCUCGACCGAUGGCGGAGACCGUAGCUGGUCUGUGUAUCCAAAGUCUGUUGAUCCGUUGAAGAGGUACAUCAAGUAA